AAAAGCAAAUCUGCUCAAUUGUCAGGAGUCAUAAAUAGUGUCACCAGAAACGCCAUUCCCCAAUUUUAAAUUCUUCUUCCUCGAGCUUUCAUCUCUUCUCCAGUCUUCAAUUUUGUCAGGUGUGAAAAUGGCGGGAAAGGGUGGGAAAGGUCUAUUGGCCGGAAAAACACCUGCAACUGCAGCUGCAGCUAACAAGGACAAAGAUAAGAAGAGGCCGACUUCAAGGUCUUCUAGAGCUGGUCUUCAGUUUCCUGUAGGGAGGAUCCAUCGUCAUCUAAAAACAAGAACUUCUGCAAACGGUCGAGUUGGAGCAACGGCUGCUGUUUACUCUGCUGCGAUUCUUGAAUACUUAACAGCGGAAGUGCUCGAGUUGGCUGGAAACGCUAGCAAAGAUUUGAAGGUGAAAAGAAUAACUCCAAGGCAUUUGCAACUAGCGAUUCGUGGUGACGAGGAGCUCGACACAUUGAUCAAAGGUACGAUUGCGGGAGGUGGUGUUAUUCCUCAUAUUCACAAGUCUCUUAUCAACAAAACCACAAAGGAAUGAGUCUUUUUUCCUUUUUAAUAAGGUUCAUUUUAUUUGUUGGUCUUUUAGAGAAUGUGUUUUCAUGAUGAUUUACUGGUUUUAUAUUUGGAAUGUAACUUGUGAUUUGAUUCCUUUUUAA